AUUGGUCACUAUCUCAUAUUCUUUUUUAUCUAUCUAUACUGCUUUAUACUAGCGCUGCUAAAAGGCGACCCAAUUAAUAGAUCUGACGAUCAGAUUGUUACCGAAAUCUAAAAUGUCUGACAGUUCAGGUGAUGCAAAUAUUGCUGAUAGUGAUAAAAAUGAUGCAGAUAGUGAUUCGUCUUCAGACAACAUAGUGUGUACCAAGUUAACAGUAGCUGAGAACAUCUUAGCUUAUAUACAGAAGAGAGAACUGGACAGAGUUGUUGAGGAUAUAAAAUGCGACAGUAGCUUACUAGAAAGUGUUAUGGCCAACUAUGUCAUAGCAAAGAAGAUUAUUAGUAAUUUGUCAUGGCAGGAGAAAUUCUUAUGUAAGCAUGUAUGUUCCAUGUGGCACUCGGCUGUUGUAGCACUUCAGAAAGAGCAACUGGAGCCGGCCGAUUUUGUUGUCAAUGACCUUCCAGUUACUGUAUCAAAAAUCAAUUCAGUAUUUAAGAAGUCUACUAACUUUUACACUGAACCAUUGGCAGUGCUCACGUUUGCAAACAUGUUGGGUUUCUCUGCAACAAAUGACUGUGGAUCAAUAACACCAAAUCCAUGCUCACCAGCUUGUCAGAAUGUACAUUGUUUACUAGAUGUGGUGCAGCACAAUGUAUGUAUGCCAAAGGUCUGCAUGCUGACAGUGAAAGCAACAUAUUUGACCUUCAUGCCUCUCAGCCCAUCUAUUACCUAUGAACAUGUUUUUACACAACAAAUGAUUGUUCAGAAUAAUCCAUUUAUCUCUGGCAUCUACAUCCCAACCAUACCCGAUGUGGAGUUCAAUGUUAUCAAUAUAAAAUCUGUUGCAAAUAUGCAAAAUGAUUUUUUUGAUGUAGUCCAUAAAAUUGCUCAGGACCGUAUCUUCAAAGGAGUUGUUGUUUAUGUCACAGAAAGUUUUCUCUUGGAGUCUGUUGAGGAUAUUGUCUUCUUGAACUAUUUUAAAGAUGUUCAACCAAAUGUUCCAUAUGCUCUGGGCGGUUGUAUAGUUGAAGAUACAAUGUUUGAAAAAGACAAUAUAGAUCUUAUUGUAGAAAACAUUAACAAGGGUGUUGACUUUGUCAGUGAAAACUUAGUGACCAUAGCUAUGUUCACUGUACCUCACAAUUCUAAUGUGUGCAAUUUUGAUGUAUACUCAUUAAUAGUGGAGUCCUCUGAUUGGACAAAGGCAAAAAUAAGAAAAACUAUAGAUGAGUUUGCGAAGAAAGUACCCCGAUUCGAGCACAGCGUGGCACUCAAGUUAUCAUGCGUAGGACGCGACCAAAGGCACGAAGUCGAGCAGGAAUACUUCCGCGCGGCGUUCCCUCGAACACGACUUAUCGGGUGUUACGGCAAUGGAGAAUUGGGGGUCAACCACCCUGCCAAGCCACCUCUAGAAAAUAUGCCAAGUGGCGUCAAAAGACACCGCAGGGACCCUGGACCUCAGUUUGGAAUCAUGUAUUCGUAUUCAACUGUUUUUGUUUACAUGGGUUGGGGAAAAAAAUUCCCUCCAGAGUCAAUUUAGUUUAGAUCAAAUUCAGGGAUAUAAUAUUGGUGCCUAGGGGACUUCCUGCGGUGAUUUUGGUUUGCUUUAUAUUAAUUUCUGUUGCAUCGUAUUUGUUAUCACGACCACCUGUGUGAAGUCAGUUGUAUGCAGAAAACUGUAUUUAUUCUACCAAGUCACGCGGUCUUAGCCACAUGUAUCUGACUUAGAAAUGGUCACUCUCAAUUAUAUUGAUUAACAAAGCAAAAAUCUUCGCUAUAGAAAAGGGUGCAGUGCGAUUGGUUCAUGAGAAGGCGCAGGUCUUAAAAUAAACAUAAUAAAAUUACAGUUUUAAUGUAGUAAACAGAGAGGGGUUGAAGGACUAUUUAAGACUUCAAGUGUAUUUUAUGGCAUUUUUAUUGAUAGGCAUAAAAAUAUAAAACGUUUUAUGUCAGUUUGAAUUAAGUAAAAUGGUUAUUCGCAAUGUACGGAGAAGUGUUUGUGAAAUCACCACAUCCACUAGAUAUAUGAAUAACAGUAGGUUUUAAAUAUUACUUUUAUACCAAGAAUAGUGUUUUUGAAUAAAAUAAAAUGAUUAAUCAGACGAUUAUUAGGUGGUAGAGUUAAGUGUAACAAGUGUAAGUGUUUUUGUCUGCAACUCGAAUGGACCGGCUCGACAAUGGAUAGUUUAAUGAAAAUUGAUCUGAAAGAACAAAUUUGUUGCUUUACUAUUGAUGUAGUCAAUGAGACGCUAGACGCCUAACAUUACGCCGCUCCCUAUGGAAUCUUGUCCCUUACUAGUCUAAUACAUGUUUCGCAUGGUCGUUUCCCGGCUUUUUAUGAAAAAUAUUCUAAGAUGGCUUCUAGUUAUAUAAGGAUACGCAAAAAAUAUGUAUAUUUUUAAUGAUCACUGUAGAUUAUAAAUAAUAAGAUUUUAAUACAACAUAUUUGGUAUAGUUGCUGUCAUAAGGAAGAGAAAAUGUUAACUUAACAGAUGGUGCCACAGCUACAAAAUUCGUAGAUAUAAUAAACUCUUUAGAUAUGAAAAAAUACGAUGAAUUAAAUACCUCCUCCUUUUUAUUAAAGGCUAUAUCAAUAAAUCAGUAUCUCUUUGAGUAUAAUCUCACUUGACAUUUAAUGUACUGAACUAUUUAAUAAAAGGCUUAAGUUGUCUUACGUGUAUUUAAGAGCUUGUGUUCAGUUGAGUAGGCGCAUAAAUAAAAGUCACAUGUCAAAAUCCACACAUAUUGUGACUUAAAUGUUUUUUGAGUUGAUAAUAUAUGAGUUUAUUAAAUAAGGACUAUCUUAAGAUGCCGACCUUAAUUUGGCAGCGUCUUAGCUGACAUCGCACUUCAGAGUGAAACUGAGUUGACUGUGUUUACACGGCCCUAAGUCGCUUAUAUAAGUAAUCACGCUUAAAUAUAAGUAUAUAUUAUAUUUAAUACUCAAGUAGGGCUGGAUUUGAAAA